AUGUCAAAGAAACCAAAAUUUAGAAAUGUUGAUCGUCCUGAACUUCACAUUGUAAAAUAUCUCAAUCAUUCUGAUUAUAGUUUACGGAUGUUGACAUGUGAUCACCCUAUCCCUCCGGAUCGGUACAAUGAGAGGGUGGAGGAGCAUUUACGAUCUACUGGUUUUUACCAUGUGGCCCAGAUUGGAGUAGUCCAAUGUCAGAAAGCACUGGUAAAUGCUCUAGUGGAAAGGUGGCACCCGGACACACAUACCUUUCACCUUCCGGUUGGUGAAUGUGCCGUGACACUGGAAGACGUGGCUAUGAUCCUGGGUCUUCUGACGGACGGUCUUCCAGUCACAGGGAUGACUUUAAGUAGUUUUGAAGCCUUAGAGGCGGAGUGUCUACACCAAUUUGGGGUUGCAUCGAGAAAGUCGGACUGCAGAGGAAGCUGCAUAAAACUGACGUGGCUACGGGAUUUAAAAGAACGGUUACAGUUGACUGAUGAAAAUAGUAUACAGGUGUAUGUUAAGUGCCACAUUAUGUUGUUGGUCGGUACGAUAUUGUUUGGAGACAAGUCUGGGGCAUCUGUCCACUGGAAGUUUCUGCCUCUGCUCCGUGAUUUUGCUAGCAUCGGACAGUACAGUUGA